CAUGGUUAAACCUGCUUCCUGUUUAUCGGCUGUUUUACUUCAGUAUCUGUUUCACAGCUUGCGACACCACUCGGUAUUGUUGAGGCUGUUAUCCACUUCUAUUUUGCUACCUUACAGCGACAGGACAGUUUACUGUAUACAUUUAACCAGGUUAUGGUCGUGGUUUCUAAGGAGACAGGAAGACAUGGCACUGAGGAAACGUGAGUAGGCCGGGAAGGAUCCUGGAGAUUUCCUGACUCCAGGGCUUUGAGUUGGUGGAAAAGACGAACGAUAGGCUACGCCUGGGGACCUGAGCUAGCCUGUUAGCUAGUCUUGCUAACCUCUGUAGCCUGCAGUGGCAGCAGCUGUGGUUUGAGUGACCGGCUUUACGGGCUGGCUAACAGGCUGUGUUUGGCGAGUGGAACAGUUCGCUGGUGCCCUGAAUUCAAGAAGACUCCCCGGCUCCGGCUCCCUCAAGCGGGCAGUCAGGAAAAAGCUGGCUGGGAAGGGAUGGCCUGGUCGGUCUCCCCGUCCCAGAGGACAAGGCUCAGCGGUGUUUGAAGGAGGUCGAGUGCGGCUCGAAGCCACCGCGGCGGGUCGAGGCACUAUGACGGACACCCACCUCCCCACGGCCGGCGGCUUCCCGGCUCCCGGGCUGUUGGUCAGAAAGAGUGAAGAAAUAACGGAUUUGAUAGACCUGUUUUCCAAGACGCAGUACAGGGCAAAGGAAGUCACUCCUCGGGUGGAGGCCAUAGAGACACGCUGUCUGCAUCUGUUUGCCAGAGAUUACAAGUAUAGCAUCAUCCAGAACACCAGCGGAGAAGUGUGUGGACACUACCCCCGACAGAUAGUUUUCCUGGAGUAUGAAUGCCUAGAUGUGGAGAAAGACAGGUUUGAGAGCACGGUGCAGAUCUCUAAGCUGCAGGACCUAGUGAACCGGAGUAAGAUGGCUCGCUGUAGAGGGAGGUUCGUCUGUCCAGUCAUCCUCUACAAUGGCAAGCAUAUAUGCCGAUCAUCCACACUGGCAGGCUGGGGGGAGCUCUAUGGACGCACAGGCUACAACUACAUUUUCUCAGGGGGCAGUGAUGACACAUGGACGGAGUCGGAGGAGUUUCCAGAGGAUGACAGCGUAGUCAGGAACGGUGACUCCCAUCUCUUCGAUAAGGUUCGAGGUUAUGACAUUAAGCUGCUGCGUUACCUGUCAGUUCGCUACAUCUGCGACUUAAUGGUGGAGAACAAGAAGGUUAAGUUUGGCCUCAAUGUGACAUCAUCAGAGAAGGUAGACAAGGCCCAACGCUAUGCAGACUUCACUUUGCUUUCUGUGCCUUACCCAGGAUGUGAGUUUUUCAAGGACUACAAAGACAGAGAUUACACAGCAGAGGGUCUAGUGUUUAACUGGAAUCAGGACUUUGUGGAUGCUCCUUUGACAAUCCCCAGGUGCUUUACUCACAACUUGAACAUUGACUGGACUCAGUACCAGUCAUGGGACCUGGUGCAGCAGACCCAGAACUACCUGAAGCUACUUCUCCACAUCAUCAAUAGUGAUGAUGAUAGCGGCCUCCUGGUGCACUGCAUAUCAGGAUGGGACAGAACGCCUCUGUUCGUAUCCCUCCUCAGGCUCUCUCUCUGGGCAGAUGGUGCAGUGCAUGCCAGCCUGGAGCCCACAGAGAUUCUGUAUCUGACUAUCGCUUACGACUGGUUCCUCUUUGGUCACAUGCUGCCAGAUCGACUCUCCAAAGGGGAAGAGAUUUUCUUUUUUUGCUUCAAUUUUUUGAAGCACAUUGUUUCAGAGAAGUUCUCUACUGUUAAAAAGCAGAGUUUUAGAAGAAAGAACUCUCACUUCAAAGACGGUGAUUUCACUGUGGAAGAGCUCUGCCAGUUGAAGUCCAGGGACCGUGGCAGUGUGACUAGUUUGAGCAGUGACUUUUCCCUCAUCACUGAAGAGAUUGCUAGUGGAUCAAGCUUGACCAAUGACACUGUGGACCUGUCCUCCAGUCAGCCCCAAGCCUCCAACUGGAGAAAAGGCACCACGUCCUCUUCUCCAAUGGUGGUUUGGAAUAAACAGAACCCUUUGGACGAACGCCUCUCCCACACAGCAAAUGACGCCAGGUCUUCUAGCUCCUCAUCCAAUCAGUCGGAGCAUGGCGACACUCGUACUGGCAGCAGCCCAUUGGCUGUUCCAGGGAGAAGGUUAGCAGCGGACUGUGCUCGGUCAAGUUCCUCCCUCUCUACAGAUUAUGGUAGUUGGCAGAUAGUUUCCGGUUGUGGCAGCAUCCAUGACCAUGCCCAUUUCCCUCCACCUUUGGCCUCAGCCUCAUCCUCCAACUCAUCUACUGCUAUCGCUGCCUACGACUCCCACCUGCCAUUCAGCUUUCAGGAUGAAGCCAGUGGACGAAUGUGUUCCUUCCCCUCUGAGCGUCAGGCCCGUCUGGAGGCAGUACGUGAAGCCUUCUUGGCAGCCUACAGCUCCACUGUCGGCCUCAAAUCCUCAGCUCCCAGCCCCUCUGGUGCCAUCUCCGGCCUGCUGGAGCAGUUUGCCCGUGGGGUGGGCCUCCGCGGCAGUAACGCCAUCGUCUGAGCCUCUUGAUGGGACCUUGGACCCUCCUACUUACAUCAGUUGAUUCAGCAUGUCUGUGCCAAACAAUCCCCUCUUCAAUUUUAGGGGUGAAGCAUUAUUGUUUUUAAUAUUUUAAUAUUUUUUUAUUUUUUAACAUGGCCUCCAUUUUAUUUUAUUUUUCCCCUGUGGACUUUAAAUGUCUGAGGUUUUUGUCACAUUCAGGAAGGGAAAUGGUUUCAAAAAGGGAUGGUGAUAAAUUUAAAUGGCUUAGAGGUCUCCUGUUAUUACAGUGUAAAGAAUUCUGCCUUGGUCUGUUUAUAGAUUUGUAACUCCAUGUCGAGUAAACAAUAUCACUUGAUUUCUUUUGCUUAUGCUGCUAUUCUUCACUGAUCCAAACAGUUCUGUAGUUCUACUGGGCAGGGAAAUGAGACAAAGAACUUGAUGGGGUUUAUUUGUUUUUGUUUUUCCCUCAGAUUUUCUUCUAAAAACAGAAAAGAUUCGAUGCUCUUCUGAUUUUGAAUUUGGCACAGUACUUUAUCCAAUCUGUUUUACUGCAUAGAGCUUCAUGGUUGUGGGGGUCUAAAGUUAAAGGGCUUUUGGUUUUGAUGUUCCCAUACAGAAACGUUUAGAAUAGUUGACUCCUGCGGUCGUAGUAAUCAAUGUUCAAACUGGUUUUAAAAUGAUAGUCCUGGCCUUACCUUAUUUCACUUAGUUUGUGUCAAGCAUACCAAACACUUCAAGCUGAGAUUCUUUACUAAUUGUGAGAGGACCCUUAAUAAUGGGAUUUGAACCAUGAAG